AUGGAGACAAAUGAGGAGGAGAAGCCAGCACAGCCAGAUAAAGAAAGAAAUGGAAGAGAAAGGAGAAUAACCGAGCGAGCAGAGAAAAUAGAAGAGAUGAGGGAGGGGGAAAAUGGAGAGGGAGCAUUUGGGAUCUCCUAUGGCUGUGCUGGAGUGCGUUCACGAUCUUGUAGCUACGCUGGGGUGCGUUCACGAUCUUCUAGCUACGCUGGGAUGCGUUCACGAUCUUCUAGCUACGCUGGGGUGCGUUCACGAUCUUCUAGCUAUGCUGGGGUGCGUUCACGAUCUUCUAGCUACGCUGGGGUGCGUUCACGAUCUUGUAGCUAUUCUGGGAUGCGUUCACGAUCUUCUAGUUAUGCUGGGGUGCGUUCACGAUCUUCUAGCUACGCUGGGAUGCGUUCACGAUCUUCUAGCUAUGCUGGGAUGCGUUCACGAUCUUCUAGCUAUGCUGGGAUGCGUUCACGCUAG